CGCCAAUCGGGGAUGUCGAGCCUCUGCGAAAAUCAGCAUAAAAUCACCCCAUGAGGAGGUGGUUUCCUUCCUCUUUCCCUCUCUUGCACAUUCCUUCAUUAUCUGCCGGCAAUUGUCUGUCCCUUUUGGUCUUGUCUGUUCGCUGAUCCUCUGGAGGUUGGUUCUUUCUCCGCGUCUAUAAAUCUCGGCGUGCAGUCCGCCACCAGAUUCUUCCCCCCUCAUCUCCGUGGGGCUCUUCGGUGGACGGGCUUUGACAGCGAUUUCGUAUAAAUAAGUCGAAGUCGCCAGCCUUUCUCUGCGUAUAAUACGUCUGUGCACGUGCUGGGAAUGAAAUAAUGGGUCUUUUGUAUGUUGAUCUUGCCUAACCCAUUGCUGCGUGAGUACGUCUAACAUCGGCCGUUUAUGAAGAGCAUUGGGUACAGCUCUUGAUUGGCCUGAAGCCAAAAAGCGGGCUGAUCAAGUACGAAAAUGGGGAAUUGAGGUAGGUUUUGGCACUGGCCUUGCUCUCAUAUCGAUUGCUGUGAAGCCCGACUAACGUCACGUAGCAAUUGCUUGCCAAUUGGCAGAGAGCCAAAGGCAAGGAGCGAGAUGCUCUACUGUGGGGUGAUGAGGUAAUUUGCCUGUAUCAAACAACACGGGGCUCCCCAACUGACGCUUUACGGCCUGUUGUAGGUUGAGUACCUCGUCGUGGCCGUGGACGAGGAGGCGAAGAAGGCUCGGCUGUCUCUGGCCCAAGCAGAGAUCUUGAAAUCUCUCGCUCGGGAUGAGGCCUUGUGGAAGACGGGAGAUUCAUCUCAGAGUCAGAACAAUGAACAUGACGGCGAGGAGCCUCCCCAUUUCCAUCCAGAAUUCGGACGCUUCAUGCUUGAAGCAACCCCCGGAAGGCCGUGGGGAAUUGACUUCAAGGACCUUCUCAAGGUUGAGUCCAACAUGAAAUGGAGGCGAGAGGUUGCCAAAACCCACAUGGCACCUAAUGAAUACCCCAUCACUCUAACCACCUUCCCUCGCUUGGGCACGAAGGAUGAUUACAUUCAACCAUAUUACCCUCCAUCAGGCCCGGCAUUGCGGUCGCAAUUUGUUCCUGAUGAGAUCGCUAAUCCCCACAUCAGAUUUCCGACUCUUGCAGGAAAUAUCAGAUCCAGGAGAGGCCGGAAGGUUGAGCUAAAUGUUCCUGUCUUCAAGGACAAAAACACUCCCCAGCCUUUCAAAGAUCCCACGGUCAACUAUGAUCUUCACAUUUGGCCUGAGGAUGACGAUGUCAGGAAUGGAGCUGCAAAGGACGACCAUGUUUACAUGGACGCCAUGGCUUUUGGAAUGGGCAGCUGCUGUCUCCAGAUUACCUUCCAAGCUAAAAACAUGACUGAGGGACGUAAACUAUAUGAUCAGCUGAGCCCGUUAGGCCCUAUCCUCCUGGCUCUUACUGCGGCAACUCCCAUCUAUAAGGGAUUCCUCGUCGAUACGGACGUCAGGUGGAACCAAAUCGGCAAUGCAGUGGAUGAUAGAACGCGAGAGGAACUUGGUGAAGCUCCCCUAAAGAACGAUAGAUGGAGGAUUCCCAAGUCACGAUAUGCCUCGAACUCGACCUAUAUCUCUCAAGAUCCUCGUCUACGGAAGGAAUAUCUGGACCCCGACUUGAUUGUUGAUGAAGACAUCAAAAAGCGAUUGAUGGAAGGCGGAAUGGAUGAUCUCCUUGCCACUCAUUUUGCUCAUCUCUUCAUCCGUGAUCCACUGGUUAUAUUUUCUGAAGACCUCGAGGAAUUGGAUUUGAACAAAGCCGACCACUUUGAAAACCUGCAGUCGACUAAUUGGCAACAUAUGCGCUUCAAGCCGCCACCACCUGACAAGGAAGAUAUUGGCUGGCGGGUCGAAUUUCGCUCUAUGGAGAUUCAGAUGACUGACUUCGAAAAUGCGGCAUUUAGCAUCUUUAUCGUGCUUAUCACUCGUGCCAUCCUGAGCUUCAAUCUGAAUUUCUAUCUCCCCAUCCCACGAACCACCGAGAACAUGGAAACGGCCCAUGCGCGCAACGCGGUCCACGAUCGGAAGUUUCAUUUUCGAAAGGACCCUUUCUCUCGGGGCCCUCUCCGACAAAACCAGCAUUCAGCUACUGGAAGCGCGAUGUCAUCUGCUACAUCGUCUGCAUGCAAUACCCCCCCUCCUUCGCCCCCACUCGGUCCGGUUGAGUCGGAAUACGACCUCAUGACCAUCUCUGACAUUAUUAACGGCUCGGAGGAUGGGUCGUUCCCGGGUCUCAUUCCGCUGGUUGAGUCCUAUUUAAACAGUGUCAAUGUGGAUGUUGAGACGCGUUGCUUCCUGGCACGAUACCUCGAUUUGAUACGCAAACGGGCCAACGGAACUCUCUGGACCGGAGCUCGAUGGAUCCGUGAAUUUGUUGCAUCGCACCCUGCGUACAAGCAUGACAGUGCCGUUCCCGAAGAGAUUUGUUAUGAUCUCGUCAAAGCUGUUGAUGAGAUGUCUGUAAAGGAGGGAAAGAAUGGCAGUGUCGGAUGGGAGCUACUAAGGGGUAAGAAAUAGGGUUAAAAAGCUUGCGUUCAUCCGUUAGAGUAGAGGCGUCGGUUUUACUUUUAGACAGCAUGAUUUUUUUGUGCCAUCUCGUAUGCGUGAUAGUUUGGCUAUCUUGUUUAUAUCCAUCAGCUCUUAUGCAUUUCCCUUUCCUCUCUUCCUUCUGUUUUGAAAAACAGCUAUCCAGUGUCCAAUCUACAGGAGCAAUUGCUUCUCCUCUUCCGUGGGAAUUCGGCAUGAAUCAGCUAACCCCGUCACCUUCCAUUCACCAUUCACUUUAUGAAGAAUAAAGAGCUCGACGCCCACAUGGUCCACUACUCCGUUGACCUUCGCCCUGAAUGGUGCCCACACGGCGGCAAGGUUUCCCAGGCCAUAUGCCUUGACCUCUGGGUCCCAGAUCCGUUCAUCGAUAUCGUCCGUCACUUUGGCGAUCUGUUCCACAAAAGCACCGAUUGUGCAAAACCGAGGGAGUGUAGGAGGUGGCGGCCAGAGUGCCAUCCCUCCUGCUCGAACGCAGUAUUUGUCAAACUCGACCGAGGACUUUGUGUUCAGCGCGGCAAGAAAACCCUUGGUGACGGAAAUUAUCGCCUCGAUUUCAUCGGAGGAGGGCGGCGGCAAGGUUGUCAGUGGACGAGGCUGGGUUGCUGGAGUCCACCACAUCGUUCUGGUGCACGAUGACUCAAGAAGGUAGAUGGAGACGAACUUGGGAGGUGAAUUGGUCGAUCUCUUCUGUUGGGAUAGCGGAGUCGGCAGUUUGAAGCUUGCAGAUGAGUUUUCUCUCCAUAACAGAUAUCACCUACAUAUAUGAGGAGCAUUCUUCCUGAAGACCCCACUUGGCAUGCAGUCUUCCGAUAGCAUGGAAGUGAUUAGGAACGUUCGAACUGCCUCUUUCCCGUUUCAUAACCCUGCGUUCUGUACCUGGAUAGGCUAUGUUCCUUUGCUCUGAUUCCUCAACCCCCCGGUUUUCCAGACUCUUGAUGUCAUCUGUUGACGCAAUAUGAGGAUAUACCCUCAGGAAAAAGAACAUCCAGAUGGGUGCCACCGUUGCAAUACUCCCGGAUCAGUAUGACCUGGCGACGGUCGGUGCAAGGAAUAUAAAGACCCCGAUGUAACAUCAUAGGAAGGGUCGGGCCUGUGUGACACAAUCAGGAACCAGCUGCGAUACAGGACACAUCAUGGCCCAACCUGCCAAAGAGGAUGCUAUAUGCCGGGCACGAACGAAUCGGGUCGGCCGAGAUCUAGAUCAGUGAUGACAAGUUGACUCCCUUUCCUUAACCUACUAGCCAAUAGUCUGAAGCACCCAAGACGGCUGUGAUAGAACUUAAUAAAUGAUGGUGUUUUGUGAAACCC